UGGGGUGAGGAAGGCUCUCUGGGGCCUGUGGUGGCUGGUCCCUCCCCGACCUGCUCUUUGGGGGGUAGUGACACCCUAGGGGAAGCAGGAGGCCACACACACACACAUACAAACCACACACCCUAUGGGAAGAAGGCACUGAGCCUGGUGGAGAAGGGGCAGGAAGGGCAGGGCGGCAGCAGUCUGUCUCUGUAACUGGUGACCUGAGCCUCUGUGUUGCACGACUCUGGGCGGAGAAACGGAGGCCCAAAAAGGGGCAGUGGCUUACAUGAGGUUGGUGACAGAGCUGGGCCUUUAGAACCGAUGCCUGGUGACGGUGGACAGACAAUUAACAAACAUCCAACGGACGAGAGAAAUACAGGAGGAUCGCCGGGCAGCACUGACACGCGAGCAGUCACGAACGUAAACUGCUCCACCUGACGGUCCAAGGAAGAAGCGUCCCCCACCCAGUGGCCAGGAGAGCGGUGGGGAGCAGUGGCCAUCAUGCACAGUCGUAUCGCCUCCGCCGGGCGUCCCCCGUGCCGCCCCUGAGUCCGGCCGGAGUUGGGACGCAGGGCCCGCCCGCGCGGUCGCACCAUGAGCCACGGGCCCAGCCCCCGACUGGCCGAGUCCCCGCAGCUGUCCAAGGGCAGCCUCCUGACCAUCCUGGGCAGCCCCUCGCCGGAGCGCAUGGGGCCGGCCGACUCGCUGCCGCCCACGCCGCCCAGCGGCACGCCCUCGCCGGGGCCGCCGCCCGCGCUGUCGCUGCCGCCCGCGCCCGCGCUGCUGGCCGACGGGGACUGGGAGAGCCGCGAGGAGCUGCGGCUGCGGGAGUUGGAGGAGGCGCGCGCGCGGGCGGCGCAGAUGGAGAAGACGAUGCGCUGGUGGUCCGACUGCACCGCCAACUGGCGCGAGAAGUGGAGCAAGGUGCGCGCCGAGCGCAACCGCGCGCGCGAGGAGGUGCGCCAGCUGCGCCAGCGCCUGGACGCGCUCACCAAGGAGCUGGCGGGCGCGCGGCGCGAGCGCCAGGAGGCGCAGGGCGAGUGCGAGGCUCGGGGCCGCGAGCUUGCGCGGCUGCGCGGCGCCCGGGGGAACGCCGACAGGACGCCGGACGGGCCGGAGCCCGAGCGGGAGCAGGAGCCGGUGCGCGACGUCGGGUCGGAAGUGCCCCAGGGCAGCCAGGAACUGGAGCUAGUGGAGAGCCUGCUGAAGAGCAGACCAGAGGAGCCCGAGGGCUGCUGGGAGGCACGCAGCGUGGGGGCCGGGGGCCCACGGGGCAGCUCCGGCCGCCAGGAGCGCAGCCGGCUGCCCUGGGAAGACACAGCCACCAUCGAAGAGGGUGCAUCCAAGUUGACCGCCCUGCGGCUGCGGCUAGAUGAAUCCCAGAAGGUGCUACUCAAGGAGCGAGAGGAUAAACUGGCACUGAGCAGGAACAUUGAGAAGCUGGAAGGGGAGCUCAGCCAGUGGAAGAUCAAGUAUGAGGAGCUGAACAAGACCAAGCAGGAGAUGCUCAAGCAACUCAGCAUCCUGAAGGAGGCCCACCAGGACGAGCUGGGUCGCAUGUCCGAAGACCUGGAGGACGAGCUGGGUGCGCGGUCCAGCAUGGACAGGAAGAUGGCCGAGCUGAGGGGUGAGAUGGAGCGGCUGCAGGCGGAGAACGCAGCCGAGUGGGGUCGCCGUGAGAGGCUGGAGACCGAGAAGCUGGGCCUGGAACGGGAAAACAAGAAGCUGCGGGCGCAGGUCGGGGACCUGGAGGAGGCACUGGCCCGGCGGCGGAGGCAGACAGCCAGCGCGCUGGACUGUGACCUGCGGGCCAGCCAGGCUGCGCUUUUCGAGAAGAACAAGGAGCUGGCAGACCUGAAGCACGUGCACGGCAAGCUGAAGAAACAGUUCCAGGAGAAGGUGGCAGAGCUGGCACACGCCAACCGGCGGGUGGAACAGCACGAGGCAGAGGUGAAGAAGCUGCGGCUGCGGGUGGAGGAGCUCAAGAAGGAGCUGGCCCAGGCCGAGGACGAGCUGGACGAGGCCCACAACCAGGCACGGAAGCUGCAGCGGUCGCUGGACGAGCAGACGGAGCAGAGCGAGAACCUACAAGUGCAGCUGGAACAUCUGCAGUCCAGGCUCCGAAGGCAGCAGCAGAACGCCCCCCUCUUCGGGAAGAUCCGAAGCGCUCGCUUCGGCACCGAGGAAGCCGGGGACGGAGCCAGCGACCUGGAUGAGGAUGAGGACCUGCAGAUCCAGGUGGCCUAGAGCUCCCAGGGCCAGACAGGACUGGCCCGUGGCCACAGGCCCCUGGGUGCCUAGGCGGACCGGCCGCUCGGACUGGUGCAGUCACCCGUGUUCCCCGCCACGGCUGACUUCCUCCUCUCCCAGGGUGGGGGUCGACCGUCCCACCCUAGCAACACCUCUUGGAAGGGAAGCCAUCACCUGUGUUUUAUUCAUGUAUAUUUUAUGUAUGUGCGCGGGGUCCUUGGACCCGUCUGAUGUUAUAAAAACAGGACUGCUCCCGGGCCCGCUCUCCACACCCCCAUCCACCCAGGACCUUCAUGCAGGGGCGAGGGGGAUGGCAAGGGGGGCUGUUGGGGCCUCGACCCAGGCUGCCUCUUUGAAGCUUGGGGGUCAGGUGGAGCUGUUUAUAGUACAAUGUGAUAAACUCAGCCUUUUGUAAUAAACCGAGUUUGGGUUCUCAGGCAGAGUCCUGAGAGUGUGGCAGAUGUGGGCAGCUGGUAUAGGGGACAGCACCAGCCUGCACCUGACACCUAUCCCUAGCUCAGGAAUGUCAGGUUACAUAAUGAAUGACUGAAUAUACAAAAGAAUGAAUGAAUGAACAUCUGAGCUGCUAAAUGGUCGGGAAUCCGGCUCCCAUGAGGGGAAGGAAGAGGUACAGUGUGUGUCUAAUCUGAGAAGAAGAGACUUCCAUUCUGCUCCGGAUGGAUUCAGAUCUCUGCCUCUGCCCCUUCCUGGCUGUGCAACCAUGGGGAAGUACCUGACCUCUCUGAGCCUCAGUUUCUCCAUCUGUAAAUUAGACAUCUCAUACAGCUAUCGUGAGAAUAAGAUGAGUUCAUCUGGAGCUCAGUAAAGGUUAGUUCUUAUUGAAAUACGUGAAGGUAUGCGCCAGAGAGGGGGGAUUUGCCCACUGGGUUCUGCCGCAUGGGAUGAAGUUCAGGUGACCAGAGGUAGGUGUAAACACAAUAAAUAAUAAAUCCUUGUAUCUUUACCCCAGCCCUGCUCUAGGUAAUGAAAUUGCAGGUAGUUUCCAUGUUAUUUUUGAUACUUAAUGUCUAAACCCUCUAUAACCAGCAGAUUUACGUUAAAUCUGGUAGAAACUUACUCAAAACACAAUAGCAUACAUUUUUGAAUCUGCAAGUCUAGGUGGCAUUGAGACACCUGCCCUUGGAUGAAUUCUCAGCAGCAGGCCUGCUUUCUGCAGAAAGAGGCUCCGUCAACAUUGUGUUUUAGCAGGCAGAAGGGGUGAGUUCCCUGUGCUCAGGGGGUAUGCAAGGAGCAGUUGUGGCUCUGAGCAGGGGCCUGGCACCAAAGAGGAGUUCGCUUCAAUUGGGAAAGAGACUCUGUGGCUGUGGUGGGGAGCUGCACCCCGUGCUUUCUCUCUUGUGGCCCAGUCUGAGGGGGCCCCCAAGGCCCCAGUGCUGGGCCCUAAGGGGUGUCAGGAGCCCAGCUGGUGACCAGUGACCUAGCAGUGCUGGUGAGGUGGGAUUUGCUAUCAUGGCCGAGAGGCCUCAGGUUCCCUCCUGGGCUCCAAGGGCAAAGGAAGGAGUGGGUGAGACCCAGCCAUGGGGACCCCCCCUCCCUCCACCAUGGGUCUUUCCCCACAGGCCAGAGCCAGCGGAAAAAGCGCUGUGGGGAGAAGGGAAGAAGACCCAUUUCCUGCUGGGGCCUUUCUGUUUUCUCUCCCAAACAGGAAGUCAGUCCCAGAAGGGGCUGAAAUGCUGCCUGCCCUUUGACCCCCAGGAGCCAGGCCGUCACUGACAGCAGCCCUGAGAGCCGCCUCCCCAGGCCCUGGGCAGACCCGCAGGCAAGGCCGGCUUCCCCAGACUCCCUGGCACCCCUGGAGAGAGUGUUGAGCAGGGACCCCAUUCCAGCCCGUCUGCGGGCAGGGCCGCUCCCGAGAACGGCAGUGAGGAGAGGGUCUGGCCUCCCCCAUCAGCCUCCAAGGGAAGAUCAAAGUCUCGGGGGGGGGGGGGGGCAGACGCGGAACUGGAAGAUUCUCCAGGCCUGGAAUGUGCUGCCUCCCUGCUCGCAGUCUGUUCGUCCUGUGUUCGCGGUAGUGGCGGCAGCAGCUUUGGCUCACGUGAUACUUUGAAAACUGUAUUAAAUGCAUUGCUAACAUGAGCAAUGGGAAGCUU